AUGUCUGCUGAGGAAGCUCUUUUCAAUCUCACCAACAUCCCAUCUGCACUUAAUCCUUCCGCAGCCGGUGAUAUAUCAAUAGGCUAUUACCAUGCACUGUCUAUUGGCCAGAAAGAAAGUAAUUGUACAUCUGCCAUCUCGGGUCUUGAUUUUGAGGCUCACCCUCUUCUCUGGGUCAUUGAACAAGCUUUCUUUCAGCGAAAGUGUUUAUAUCAUGAUUUGGAGAAUGGAGUUAUGAGUUUUGCGGUGUUGGAUGGAGAAGAAAGUAAUUCGAUGUUAUGGAUUCUUCACAUGCCUAUUUACGGCAGCAAACAACCAUAUAUACAUGCUGACUAG